UAGGUUGGGGCGGCAAUUGGGGGAAUCGAGGCGUUUAAAACACGCAGAGAGGAUUCCGCUGUUAGCGAGGACUGUCUUUAGCUUCACCUCCUCCAUCAUCACCACCUCCUCCUCCUCCCUGUUGUCAUGAGAGGCGCGCAGGUUUACCGCAGAUCCUCCUCCUGACGGCCUUGCUUCAGUGUCAGGACACAGAGACAGGGCACGCGCUGAUUAUACGGAAGUAGCGUAUUGUGGGAUGCAGCUUUGGUGGGUUUUGUUGUUAUGUAGAAGCGGCACGCUGCAGCGCGCGCUCUGUUGCUGAACGAACAAUCACCGGGUCGAUAAUGUAACGAUCAUAAAACGGACAAAGGUGUUAAAAGGGGUUUGUUUUGGUUUUGGUUUUGGUUUUUUUCCUUCCACAUUCAUUAGUGAGAUUUCCCCUGAAUUCCACAACAAGGCAGCGCGUCGGGAGAAGAAUGGGAUUGCCCGCUUUGGAGUUCAGCGACUGUUACUUGGACAGUCCACAGUUCCGAGAGAGAUUAAAGUCCCACGAACUGGAGCUGGACAACACCAACAAGUUCAUCAAGGAGCUGAUUAAAGACGGAAAAGCGCUCAUCCAGGCACUGAAGAAUCUGUCUACAGCACAAAGGAAGUUUGCAGAGUCGCUGAACGAGUUCAAGUUCCAGUGCAUCGGCGACGCGGAGACAGAUGAUGAGAUCUGCAUCGCCAGAUCACUCCAGGAGUUUGCUGGUGUUCUGCAGAACCUGGAGGAUGAAAGGACACGGAUGAUUGAUAAUGCGAACGAUGUUCUUAUCACGCCACUGGAGCGGUUCAGGAAAGAACAGAUUGGAGUAGCCAAAGAGGCAAAGAAGAAGUAUGACAAGGAGACGGAGAAAUACUGCGCUGUCCUGGAGAAGCACCUCAGCUUAUCUGCCAAGAAGAAGGAGGCACAGCUUCUUGAAGCAGACAGUCAGGUGGAUCACGUGAGGCAGCAUUUCUACGAGGUGUCGCUGGAGUACGUGUUCAAAGUGCAGGAAGUUCAAGAGAGGAAGAUGUUUGAGUUUGUGGAGCCGCUGCUGGCGUUUCUGCAGGGGCUCUUCACGUAUUAUCACCACGGGUACGAACUGGCCAAAGACUUCAACCACUUCAAGACGGAUCUCACUAUCAGCAUCCAAAAUACGCGGAACCGUUUCGAGAGCACGCGGUCAGAGGUGGAGAGUCUGAUGAGGAAGAUGAAGGAGAACCCGCACGAGCACAAGAACAUCAGUCCUAACGUUAUGGAGGGUUACCUGUUUAUCCUGGAGAAACGUUCCUUCGUGUCCACGUGGGUGAAGUACUACUGCACUUACCAGCGUGAGUCCAAACGCCUCACCAUCGUGCUGUUCGACCAGAAAUCUGGAGGAAAAAUUGGGGAGGAGGAGAGCUUCGUCCUGAAGUCUUGCAUCCGAAGGAAAACCGACUCCAUCGAGAAGAGAUUCUGCUUUGACGUGGAGGCCGUGGAUCGGCCUGGAGUGAUGAUAACUAUGCAGGCUCUGUCAGAAGAGGACCGCAAGUUGUGGAUGGAGGCGAUGGACGGCAGAGAACCGGUGUACAACAUGAAUCGAGACAGCCAGAACGAAGCCAUGGCCCAGCUGGAUGUGAUCGGCUUCAACAUCAUCAAGAAGUUCAUCUACGCCAUAGAGACACGAGGAAUCGAUGAACAGGGGCUCUACAGAAUUGUCGGCGUCAGCUCCAGAGUGCAAAAGCUACUGAGCCUCACCAUGGAUCCUAAAACAUGUGCUGAUGUAGAGCUGGAGAGCUCGGAGUGGGAGAUCAAGACCAUCACCAGUGCCAUCAAACACUAUCUCAGGAUGCUUCCUGCUCCGCUGAUGACCUACCAGUACCAAAGAAGCUUCAUCAAAGCUGCCAAGCUGGAUAAUCCCGAGGCACGUGUUCAGGAGAUCCACAGCAUCGUGCACCGUCUUCCCGAGAAGAACCGUCAGAUGCUGGAGCUGCUCAUGAAGCACUUGGCUAAUGUUGCGAGUCACCACCAGCAGAAUCUGAUGACGGUGGCGAAUCUGGGCGUGGUGUUCGGCCCCACCCUGCUGCGGCCGCAGGAGGAGACCGUGGCUGCAAUUAUGGACAUCAAGUUCCAAAACAUUGUGGUGGAGAUCCUGAUUGAGAACCACGAACGUAUCUUCAAAGAGACUCCAGUACCUGGAGCGGGACAAAGCAGCUCGCAGACCAGCGUCCACAGGAGGAAAAGCACGGAGAGCAAAGCCCCAUCCUGCAGCGAGAGACCUCUCACACUCUUCCACACUCCCACACACUCCGAGAAAGAGCGGGCAGCAGUGGAUAAGAGGAACAGCGUGCACCUAAACUCUGAACCACAGCCAGCGCUUUCUUCACUCAACUGCAACAGCAAUCAGAACUGGAACAAGUUUAUUAACCUCAGCAGCGGAGACGGAGAACAGGAUAGUCUUCUUCAGGCACGUCAGAGCAGAUCUAAUUCACAUCAAAUUCCAAGAACUCGAGGUAGCAGUAUAUCAACCAGCUCAGCUUCACCCAGCUCCACCUCUCCACGCUCUCCUUCCUGGCCGAUGUUUUCUGCUCCCUCCAGUCCUCAGUCGGCUUCCUGCAUUUCCAGGGAAUUUUCCCCGCUCAGUGCUCCUCCGCGAAAGGCUCGGGCGCUGUACGCCUGCAAAGCCGAGCACGACUCUGAGCUCUCCUUCAUCGCAGGGACGAUAUUCGACAAUGUUCAUCCGUCACGGGAACCGGGCUGGUUAGAGGGAACGCUGGACGGGAGAACGGGAUUGAUUCCAGAGAACUAUGUGGAGUUUCUGUAGCUGUGGAGCAGAAGGUGACGAGAUCCUGCAGCCGAAAAAGCGAGGAGAACCCCAGAUCCAGAGAGCAGAUGGCUGUCUGUGUGUGUGUGUGUGUGUGUAGGCUGAGGACACUUGGCCAUCAAAAAGCACUGCCACAGAAAAAAAAAUUGGGACCAUUUUAGUUUUUCUCCAGCAGCUUAGGAACCUUUACUGAGAGACUCAUCACCAUAAAUCAUCCUGGAGCUGCGUUUCUACGGCAACCUCGCUUCUGGAAAAGGAUGAAACCUUCUUCCUGCCUCUUUGCUGCAGUCUGGAGCGUUGGGAAUGUCGCGUCUCCCAUCUUCUUCAGCUUUUUCUGUGUGAAAUGUUUAGAACUACUACGAGAAAGAAAAGAAAAAAAUGAUUGAGGAAUUAUUUUCUCUACUUUGCACUCUUUUGUAUUUUAGGGAACAAUUUAAGAAACGCUCAAGCUGUCUUCCUCUUCCUCUCACUUUUCUCAGCAGGUAUGUUAAAGAGUAAAAUGUAAAAGAAUGUGAAUUCAGCGCCGAUCAGAUUUAAAGCCCAUCUUAUUUAUGCCGCUCUCUCGUCUGCGGCGGCUCUUCCUGUGUUAACUGUGUAAAUCCAUGAGGUAUAAUGUUUCUGUAAAUAAUUCUGUUUUGUAUUCUAGCUUACUAACUUAAUUUUGGUACCACUAUUGCUCUUUUUACAUACAAACAAAAAAAAAAAUCUAAGUUAAUUUUAUGAGUUUUAAUAUUCUUAACUGCGUUCCAGGCAUCGAGCUCGUGAUGUUCUUCAGAUUUUCUUUAUUAAACAUCAGAAUCGACUGCAUUUCUGUUUACCACAUGUUUCUUACAGAAUAAAACCAGAGCGACUUUCACUUCACUUUCGGACUGAAUUCGAAUCCUGAUUUCUAGAAAUGUUUUUAAAGAAAUGUGUGAAAAUGUCUGAUGUUCUUGUGGAGUCAUGAGGAGCAUCACCGAGUGAAAACGAACUAAAUCUAUUAACUAAUUACUCAGCCAUCUUGUUUUAAAAAAAGAAUAAAUAAAUUUCUCUCUGCUGUUGA